AUGCUUACGAACUGGAUAUUGAGUGUUGUAUAUGCUACGCUGGAUCGUAUCCCUCCAGUGGUGUGGCAGGUUAUCCAUGUUGUGUCGGAUAUCUAUUUCUUUUGGAUCCAUAAGUUGUUAAACUACCUGCGGCCUAAUUCAAGGGUGCUCUAUCAUGAAGCUAGCAAAGAGCUGGAAAGAUGUACUACUUAUGAGACGUGGUAUGCAAAGGCAAUGGUCGUGGAUGAGAUUACUGGGGCGAAUUUGUGGCGACGGAAUUUCUUCUCGGUAAGGUACGAUUUUAACUCUGUUCUCGAACAACAUGCUCAAUUGCAACGUGCUUUGGAGACUGGCGAUAUUGCAGCUGUCAAGGACAAGUUCCUUUCUACCGGACCCUCCAUGUUGAGGAAUUUUGGUGGGAUCGUCGAUAGAAGACUGUUUACGAAAUCGUUGAUUGGGACUAAGCUACUUAUUGAACAGUAUAUGGAUAGGAUUAUCGAAGGACUGGAAUUGUUGGAUAGUGCUGGAACACCGACUUUUUUCUUUCAAAGGUGUAAAUUGUCCCUAGGAACAACUGCUUUGAUCUUACAGGGUGGGUCCCUGUUUGGAAUGUUCCAUUUGGGUGUUAUAAAGAGACUUUUCUUUCAAAAUUUGAUCCCAAACGUGAUAAGUGGAAGUUCUAUGGGGUCUUGCAUUGCCAGUCUCUAUGCAUGUAUGUCGAAUCAGGAGCUUAGGAGGUUGUUGCACGGGGAGAAUAUUUUGAAUAUGAUAAAAUUGGAUGUUGAGUUGUUACGGAGCUGCGGGUACGGCAACGUCGACCAACAUUUAAACUUGGGUACUUUGAUACAAAACCUAAUUCACCACGGUUACUCGCAGGACGUUUACCUUUUCAUUCAGUUUGUGCUCAAGUAUAUUGUUAAAGACCUCACUUUUGAGGAGGCAUUUCAAAAUACGGGCAAGAUAUUGAGUAUUGUCAUUCAUCCAACCGACCUUUCGUGCCCCAAGCUAUUAAACUAUGUUACUUCUCCUAAUGUGCUAAUAAGUUCCGCAAUCAAUUGUAGUUUGGGAUCGGGAGUGAUCUCGGAUGACACUAGAUUGCUGUGCAGGAACCUCGACAACGAAAUCGUGUCGUUCCUUUCGGAAGAAAAGACAAAGAUUACAAAAUUUUUGGCCCCAGAGAAUGCCACAGAAACUAGCGAAAGUCCCUACACAAGAUUGACCGAGUUAUUCAACGUAAACAAUUUCGUUGUAUCUUUGGCGCGGCCAUAUCUAGCACCAUUAGUGGUGAACGACUUAAAGCAUGAGAUCAAGACGUCGAGAUAUUACUACUAUAAACAUUAUCCCGAUACGCCUGGUUCUGUGGAUUUAUCUGAACUCGGUUUCCCACAAUUGAACUUCACAGAAAUGGAGCCGCUGGCGUUUAAAUUCAAAUACCAUCUAGAGAGGAAGUUAAAAAACAUCGCAACGAUGGAGUUUAGGCAUAGAAUGGAGAUGCUGGAUAACCUUGGAUUACUGAGCUCCUGGAUAAAGAGAUUGACCAUAGACGAGAAGACUCCAAGGUCAGCUACAGAAAUUACGAUAGUUCCAAGAAUGAAAAGUCUUUCUCUCACAAGAAUCAUCGAGGGUCAAUUGGACAAUAUCCCAUACGGUAUAACGUGUGGGGAACAAAGCACAUGGCCCGUGCUUUCGCUCAUAAGGACAAGAUCAUCAGUCGAGUACAAAUUAGAUAGAAUAAUCAGGGCUAGAAGGAACAAGCUUAAUCCCUAUGUAGGAUAG